AUGAUGUACAAAGGAAGUUCUACACUUUUCAAAUAAAAAAUUCAAAUCAUUUCACUUGUUAAUUAUAAAGACUAAUAAAUUAAAUUUAGUUAUAGAAUUUUAGAAGUCAUAUCCUAAAUUAAUUUAUUGUUAACUUUUAAUAUUGUAGAGUUUUACUUUUAAAGUCUUAACAUAUCUCUCAUAUUUGCUUUUAUGAUCGUUAACCCUAUUAUUAUUUUUAUUCUGAGAAUAUUCUAUAAAAUUAUUGAAACAAUAUACAGAUUCAGAAAAAUUCCUGCGAUUAUUAGUUCGUUCAUUCUAAUCAUAUUAUUGAUAUUGCCGAAUAUUAUCCUCUUUAUUAUUCACAGAACCAGAUUGGAAGCUCAAUCAGAAAUAUAUUUAAUGGUUAUUAUUUUCUUAGUGAAUAUUGUAAUAUAAUAAACUGUGAUUGAAGCAAUUUCAAUAUUUGGAAGAAUUUCAAUUUAUAGAUUAAUAGCCUCAAGCCUCAAAUAAAUGAAACUUAACCCAUUAUUUCAUUUGAUGCAUUUUUUUGUUAUGCACAGCAGUCUAGAAGAUAUUUUCGACGAGUUCUUAAAAAUUUGAAAUGAUAUUUUGAACUACAUAAAGAGUAA